AUGCACUCCAUCGUGGAGGCAGAGCGUCACAUGUUACCAUCAUGGGCGGAGUAUCUGCGUGGGCCCGGAUAUCUUAUUUUCCCAGCGCCAUGCUUCGGAAACGCUGCGCUCGGCAUAUGGAGUGAGAGGGGCGUGCUCCGCGUCGUUGAGAGGAACCGGAAAGGUGAAGUCGAGAGUAGAGAACGGUGUGGUCGGCGGGACGCCGGGAUCCCGAUAAACUUCGGCAUUUCCUUCUCAACAAGUCGACCAGCAGACAAGACGUUGCAGAGUCGCAACAGGACCGUCAAACCUCGUACGCCAAGUGAGUCAGUUGAUGAGAUCCUAGGAAGUGCCCGCGCACGACCAAGCGGGCUGGUUUCUGAAGGCAUAGAAAGCUGCCUGAUGCGAGGCGCGCUUAGCCAUAAAAGAAAUGUCGUCGUGUUGAUGAAGUCAAGCAGAAUACAGGGCAACCAAAACUAUUGCGAGGCCAAUGCUCAGCCCGAUUUAAAAGGGAGCAUGGAGAUGUAUGUCAGAGAAUGGGCUAUCCUCAAAAUAUCCUGCAUGAUGGAAGAAAGAGGAGGAAAUGGCAUCUCUUCUGUUGCUAUGUACUGGCAUGUCUGUUACUGCUAUAUGGACGGUUCAGAUGCACAAGAUUUGUCUCUCAUCUGCCAGUGCAUGCAAGUGGUGUACCAUAGCACGGCUGGUGCUAUAUAUGAGUUGAUAAUAUGCAACUCUUAUUAGCAUACAUGUAGCUAGAAGCGCGAGAAGGGGCACCGUAGUGCGGAGUCAUCGAUCUAUGGUACUAAAGUACAGAUAGGAUCGAGAGGGCACCGAGAUGCAAACAUUCCUAAGGAGAGAGCGAGGCACCGUAGUGCAGAGUCAUCGAUCCAUGAUACCGAAGUACAGAUAGGAUCGAGAGGGCACCGAGGUGCAGAGAGGUGAUCUAUGGCACCAAAGUGCAGGCUUCCUCAAAGUGGUACCGGAGUACUUGUGAUCCGAGGAUCAUUGACUGCCCAGCCGGAGCGCUGCGAAGCAAACGCGCUGUGAUCGAGACCAAGAGAGCAGAACUAGUCGUUCUGCCCAAGGAGCUUCUUUUUCUUAUGUUCACGCAGUGCCAUCUCGAAGGUGGCAAUCUUUCUCUUCAUCUCAUCGAUUCCCGCCUCCCACUUGUCAUCGUCUGCCUGUUGCUGAGCAGCUUGCUCCGCUCGUGCAGGAGCAGUGCGCUCUGCCUCCUGUUCGGCUUCGGAUUUCUGGAGAAUGCUGCUGUAUCGAUCGUCUUGCCGCUUUGGCUGGUCAGGAGCAUUUUCUUCCGGCGCCAAUGGUGUUUGUGCAGUGGAGUCCUCCUCUUCACCAGCGUCCACGCCGUCUUCGUAGUAAGGCCAGGGAGUUGCGCUUGCGUAUUCAGCCCUGGCCUCCUCCCGUUGAUCGUACACGAGGUUGCUGUAGUCGGGUUUUACCGAGUACACGCAGUCGUCUCGCAAACAGUUGCUCACAUAUCGGUGGACAGAAGGCAUGUAUCGCCAUUCUUUGUUGUUGUAUAAAUACUUAUCUGGUUCAAAGUGCCCGUGCGCGGCACAGCAGGAUUUUUUUUUUGCUGCUUCUUCUUCGGGCGAGCCAUCUG